ACGCACCAGGCCAGCAAACGUCACGCUACGGUUCACUACUGUCGACGGGAAACAUUUCUUAUUUUUUUCUAUUUAUAUCUAAAAUUCUUAGUUCUUAUUAUCCGACCAAAUGUGAUAUUUAAUUAAGCACGAGUCUACUGUUAAUUUAAUAGACUUCACAGUGCAAUACGCUCCAUUCAUGCCAGAAUGGAGCAACCAAAUAGCAUAGUUUUGUGCGACAAUCUCAUUAAAUGGUUGCAGACCUUAAAUCUUAAGGCUAAACAUGGAAAUCCAUCAGAACUCUCAGAUGGGGUGGCAAUUGCCGAGGCUCUUACACAAGUCGCCCCAGAAUAUUUCUCUCCAUCAUGGAAUUUCAAAAUCAAAACAGAUGUGGGUCACAACUGGAGGCUAAAAGUCAGCAAUCUGAAAAAGAUAUUGGAAGGUGUAUUUGAUUAUCAUCAAGAUAUAUUAAAUUUGAGCCUGCAAGACUUUUCACGGCCUGAUGUAGUAAAUAUUGCUGAGCAUGCAGACCCUUCAGACUUAGGGAGACUAUUACAACUUGUUCUUAGUUGUGCCGUGAACUGCGAUAAAAAAGAAGAAUACAUCACCAGGAUAAUGGAGCUGGAACUCUCUUGUCAGCGGUCGAUCAUGCAAGCUAUACAGGAAUUGGAGACGUUGACGCUGGGUGGAAGAGGGGCGCCGCACGCGGACGCGUCGGAGCCGGACACGGAUAUGCGGGAGGUGCUCGCCCAGCGGUGCCAUGAACUUGACACGCAGGUAAAAAUCCUCCAAGAAGAGAAGAUGACGCUACUAAGCGAGGUAGCGCGGCUGACUGCGGCGAGGCAGAACGAGAGGCCCGAGGACGAUGACGCCGAACUCGACGAGGCAGGCGCUUCCCUUGGACCUGCACACGCGGGAACAUUACGAUAUAGUAAUAUGCGGGCGCAGUUAGACGCGUUGAAGGACGAAUUGGACAAAGUGGAACUACAGAGAGAUGACCAGCGUGCGAGAGCCGACGCGUUCGAGCGAGAGUUAGCACUUAUGAAACUAAGGAAUGAAGAGUUGCAAAUAGCAGCAUCAGAGAACGUAACGCUAAAAGAUGAGGUAGACGCUUUAAGAGAGACGGCUGCGAAAGCGGCCACUCUAGAAGCCACCGUGGCUUCGUAUAAGAAGAGGAUGGAGGAACAUGUUGAUUUGAGAAGACAGGUGAAACUACUCGAGCGAGCGAACACAGAGCACGUACAACGAGCGAUAGAACACGAACAGGCGGCCACGCGAGCGAAUGCGUUACGCGCUAAACUAGACAUUUAUAAAAAACAGGUUAUAGAUUUAAAUGAGAAACUAGACGCUGAAAUGACGAAAGCGGACAAACUGGAGAUAGAGAACAAAAAACUGUCUAGCCGAGCAGAUUUCCUGCAGCGCGAGCGAGACAAACUAGUGUGCGACAGGGACGCACUGAAGGAAACGGUGGAGGACCUCACCCACUAUACUAUAACUGCAGGGGCUAGCGAAGACAACGUAUCGCAGGAGCUGAUCCCGACAGAGAUGAAGGAUAAGCUGAUCCGGCUCGAACAUGAGAACAAACUGUUACGGCAGAACCAGGGUGCGCAGGCCGACCAAGGUUCUGUACAGGCUUUGCUAGAAGACUACGCAGCGCGGUUAGAGAAACAACGCGCGUUACACAGAGAGCAGAACCAACGCAUCAUGCAGCUCGAGGCUGCUCUAGAGGCCGCCCCGGCGAGGGACCCGCGCCUCGCUACCGCCAUGGAGGACAGUCAGCGGAAAUCAUUACAAGUAGAAGAGUUACAAGGCUCUCUAGCAGAAGAGCGGCGGCGCGCCGGGAAACUACAAGAGGCGCUCGCGGCGAGAGAUGCCGAGCUCGUGGCCACCGAGGACAAGUACAAGAGAUGCGUCGAGAAGGCCAAGGAGGUCAUCAAGUCGCUAGACCCCAGAGCUGCGGCGUUGCCGUCGCUGUCGGACAUGACGUUGGGCUACGCGCGCGGCGCGGGCGCCGGAGCGGCUAGAGGCGAUGCUACGCCCAACAAUAACCGACACGAAUGGAGCGGCGGCGGCGGCAGCUCGGAGGCGCGCGGCAGCACGGAGCAGCGGCUGCUGACGUCGGCCUGGUACCAGCUGGGCGCGCGCUGCCACCGCGACGCCGUGGAGACGCGCUUCGCGUUGCUGGCCGCCGGACACUCCUUCCUGGCGCGGCAGCGGCGACAACCCGCCCACCCCCACCCGCACCCCCGCGCCCGAGCGGGACCCCCCGCCAUGCCCUGACACCCCGCGGUGCACUACGACAAGCUCCGCGCCAGGAUACGGGAGACGUAGGCGCGUCGCAUGUGAGAGGGUAUGUGCCGUUACAUUUACUGCCCCGCGACGCGUUAGAGGCGCGCUUCGCCCUGCCGUCGGCCAGUCCCGCAUCGCACCCCCGCGCCCCAUCAUGAUAAACUGCAGGGUAUGUCUCGUUUGUUCUAUAGUGCGGUAUUCCUCGGUCGAUGCUAUUUGUCUUACGUUUACCCAUUAUAAAGGUUUUUAACAAAAACUGCGUCGACUAAACUGUUUUUAUAUGCCGGAUGCUAUAAUGACGAUUCGAUUAACUAUUUUACUAGCCCAUCGUCACCAUACACAUGUACGAAUACUCGUACUUUUGUACCAUUUUUGUACCAAAAUUAUAUAUCGGUUUGACUCAUUGGGGCAACCUAAUCGUCAUUUUAUGGAAAUAAUAACAAGGUUUAGGUACCGUGUAACAUUAUGAUAAAUAUUAAAAACAUAACUUACUCUUUGAGUCUUACAAUUGUGGCUUACUAUAAUUACAAAUCAAAUUUCUCCUAAUUAAUGUAAAUAACGGGAAGUAUCCCGAAAAAAAGUGAACUGAGUGCAUUUAUGAUUAGAUAAAAUUUGGCACUAACGGACGGCGCUGGCCUGCCGGUGUCUUAGUAAAAUGUGACAAAAGAAAAACUUCUAGAUGGGUGCAAAUACAUUUUAAAUAAAAUUUAGAUUAUUGUAAAUUAUCUGAUUAUCUUCUUAACCUCGUAAUUUACUCGUUUUCACGAAAAUCUUAAUUAAGUUCAGCAAAGCUAGCGUCAAUAUAUCUUAGCGUCAGAACGUAUCUUCUAAGUAUGCUUACAAUUAUAACUUGAUACAACAGAAACACUAACUAGAACCACAGGGCGGACACGCUAUACAUCAAAAAUCACUUGCGUCUCUGUGUGAGUAAGUUGAUUAAAAACAGUACUGAGCGGUCGGCAAAAGGUCGUCAAUCUGCUGCCGCGGGGUGAAGUAAUUCGAAUCGGAGCGGGGCGGUGGCCGUUCUGUAUGAUAAUACUAUUACUUAUUCUGUGUUAGAACUUCAGUGAAUAGUCUAAAAACUAAACGGAAUUUCAAACUGAAAACGAACACAAAUACGAGGUUCAGAUGAGAUCGAUCCAAAAGUAGUUGAGGUAGAUAUACCGAUCUAUUUUUUUAUUAGUGUAAACUCGUUUAAGGUGUAGACAGACAGAUGUAGUGCGUAACCUUUACCCAUCGUAUUUUCACGAAAACGUACGAACGUGUCGUUAUUUCAGACAAUCGCACUACAAAAGGUGAGACUACUGAGGUUGACUGAAGUAGCAUGACACAUACGAAUGUUCCCGAGAAAAUACGAUAGAAAUCAAUACUGCACUACAUCUGUACAAUGGUACAUAAAUGCUAGCACAUGUAUCUAGAUUAGCUAGAUUCGCAAUUAAUUGAGCUAACAGUUGCGUCGUUGGAAAUCUAGAUGGGCGAAUUUCAGUAUGAAGUUGGUCGCUUUUUGAGAACAUUAAAGGGGCCCACUGACUAUCAGUCCGCCGAACAACUGACAGGCCGACAUCGUCCGGCUGACUGAUAGUCAGUGGGCCCCUUUAUACACAUUUUUAUCUGUCAAUUUAUAUUCGCUCCGUGCCUUGAAGGAAUUAGUAAUGGAGACGCCUUCAUGUCGUUUCCCCUCUGCCAAAAACACUGGAGCAAUCUUCAGACCAUUUUACAAAAACUACUCCAUUCAUCAAUUAUUGACAGUCUUGCGAUCGUAUUCCGCGCGUGACGAGCUCCGUCAAAAUACCUGCAUAUGCUGUUUAUGGGUGUAAAAAGCGAUCAAAUACAUCAAGUAUACAAAAGGAUGGAAUAUCAUUUGACAGUUUAAUACAUUUUUGCUUAUAGCAUAUUACAACAUAAUAUUAAUACAUCAAACGCUUUCCAGGAAACAAGGCAUCUAGAACCGAUUACAAAAUCAGUUUGAAAAAAAUCGCAUACUUCUUCUUCUUCUUUUAAAAUUAUGGCUUCAGCCCAGUGGGACUAUUUCGCCAGUAUCAAGGUAUUGAGAGGUUUACAAACGACAAAAAUUGUACGGUUGUACAAGACAGUGUACGGUGAUUUGUUAGCUCUUGUAAAUCGAUAGCUAGUCUUUACAAGAAGCACGUGGACUACCGGCCGUUGACUCCAAGAUGGUGGUUAAACGCGCUUCAAAAUUAAUUCUCCAUUCACUGCACACUACCACAUUAGUUUACUGUAUAAUAAGCUAUCGAUAUUACACUUUAAACAAUAUUAAUAAGCAAAAAACAAAGUAAUUAAUCACGAUGCUAACUAUCAAGAUGGCGCUCGAACCGGAAGUCAAUCGCAUACAAUUCGUAUUUGAUUUUGACUGAUCAGUCUGACAUCUCACUAAUCUCAUCUUAACUAUUCCACGAGUACCAAGUGGCGCUGUCUAUGACGUCUAGAAAAUUAUAUCGAUACGAACAAUCCAGACACUUGGAAGCCCUAUUAAUCGGUUCGAUUACGCCUACAUCGAUAGUGUGAAAUUAGCUACAUGCAAGAAUUUAUUUUUAUUUUUGGAUUCAUAAUUUAUAUCGUUUGAACACCGGAAAUGAUAAAAAUACUUUUGUAAACCUUAACAUUAUUUUAUUAAAAAAUAUUUAAAAUGUUGAAAAUUUUUGAGCGGUUGAAACGCUCAUAAUUUUUGGCGCGAAUUCGACAGAGCGUGAUGACGUCACACGUUGGGCGGCCCAACUGACGUUUGCUACUAAUGACACUAAUCUGUCGAACGCGUGACGUCACGUGGCGUUUCGCUCGCUAGCUUUUCGCGGGCAAAUUUUUGUACUUUUUAUUUAUAAUUUUAAGUAAUUAAAUGGUAAUUUAAAAACGGAAAUGCAUUUGUAACAUGAUAUCACGGUAACAAACAUCCGAAUAAAACAUAUUUCGUUCAAAUAUAAACUUCAUGCAUGAGGCUAAUUGUGUCCGCAUAUAGUUUUUACAGCAUUAGUGUGCUAAUGUUAGGAAAGAUGUAGCGAUGCGUACUCCAUUACUUAUUCCUUCAAGCUCCGUGCGUGACUAGUGGGCGUCGCCCUAGUGGGUGUGAGACAUAUUGCUUAUUUGACAGUUGGCGGCUGCCAAAUAGCAAGAAGUUGUCGUCGCAUGAAAAUUCAUAUUUUCACUACAUUGUGCGUUCGUUUGUAUUUCUCCACCACCAACUUUGCACGUAGCUAAUACAAGCUAACCUAAACGUAUUAUUCAUACAUUAAUAGAUGCAAAAAUGCUAUCUAAUCCCUAAACAAUAACCUUGUUUCGGUAUAAUUAAACUUACGUUAGCUGUGCUAACAUUGUAGGUAGGUAAAUUAACCCUUCGUAUGCCUUUGUCCCCUUGAUUUGAGGCCUUUGCCCAGCAGUGGGACAGAUAGGCUAAGGAAAAUAAAACCUUUGUAUAAAAUUGCAACAUUCCUUGAAACUGUAAAUUACAGUCCAAAUUGUGUGAUACGUAUACGGGACAAGGCAUACGAAAGGUUAAGUUUAAAAAGGCCAAUUGAUAAGUAGUGCGUCAAAACUCGUAGCCACUUUCGUUAGACUACGUUUUGUAGACGCAAAUUUAACGUUAUGUAUUAUGUUUAACAAGCAUUUAUAAAUUUGAUUACCACAACUACCAGAAGAGAUAGUAGGGGUUGUACUGCUUUAUAACUUUUAUAAGAUAGAUAGUUUUUUUCAUCUUUAUGUGCUCUGUUAUAGUUACGCACACAUGUCCUGGCAGUAUAUUCAUACACUUAACUAGGGUUGUAAUGGCUUGUUAUGUUAAAAUCACCGACAAAUAAUAUGAAAAUUUCAAUUAAUAAUUUGCCGCUUACUGAAAACAGCCUCACUUCUCCAUUGUUUUUGUUUAAAGUAUUAUUAAGGUUUAUUUAAUGCUCAACCAUUGUUAAAGUUAAGCAAUGUAUUAAUACAGGAUUCUUUGCAGUUUUCUUAUAAGGUUCCUUAUUGAUUUUUGAACAAAUUUAACCUAAGAGUUUAUUUAUGACUAGAUGACCCGGCGAACUUCGUUUCACCUAUAUCUAUCAACUUUUGUUCGCAGUCUUAUUUUUUUCUUUCAUAAGAACCUUCUCCUCACAAUAACGCAUAACAAAAAAAAAGAACUAGCGAAAUUGGUCCACCCGUUCACGCGUGAUGCCGUGACCAAGUGAAAUAGGGAUUGAUUUUUAUAUAAUAUAGAUGUUAUAUGAAGCCUAAGCAACUUGACAUAAAACAUGUAUUUUCUUAUUACAAAGUAUAUUAAGUAACCAGUGAUCCAUUUAUCAAAUUUGGCACGGCAAUAAGACUAUUUAAUAUCAUCAGCAUCACACCUAAAGCCAAUUAUUAUUAUCUACCUUUAUAAUAUAGAUAUUUAUGUGAUAAUUUCAAUGUUAUUAUAAGAAAUGUCAAAUUGACGUAACAUCGCAGUAGGUCUAAUAUUGACAGUGUACCUUUAGUGUAGAUUAUUUUUUAGUUUAUUUAUUAUGCAAUAUUCAAUAUUUAAGGUGCAGUUAACAAAUUGUUUAUAUGUGACGUUUUCAACCAAAAGGUACCACAUUGUCGCUUGUUGAUAAGGUUGAUUUCUAAUUGAAGCUAUAUGGAAAUAGCUUGUCAGUAACAAGCGACAAUAAGUACCCUUUUGGUUGAAAAUGGCACAUAUGUAUAACUUUACGUUGUAUAAGUGAAAUGUGAUUAAUUGUUGGAAAGACAAUAUACAUUAUAUUAUUCAGUUUUCAGAUGAUAAUAUAUAACUUUUUCCUAA